AUGCUCAAUCAUCGACGACAGCCCUCCAGUAUCAAUAUUCCUUCACCCACUUCACCCCAAGCUAUGCACACCCUCACAAGCAGGCGUUUCAGCUUGCAAUACUCAUCCACCUCGCCAACAUUGCGGACAGCAUUUGACGAGGACACUGAAGAGGUAUUCGAGAAGGAGAAACAGGCCAUUGAGAAGAGUGGUGCUUCCGCUCACUUGGGACACAGUGCCAGUUCUCGUAACAGACAGGAAGUCAUUCAUGCACAUUGGGAUGCAGAUAAGUUUGCACCUCUAGCAAAUGCCAAGGUCCAGAAGCGUGACAAGGAGGUUAUGGUUGACUGUGAUGAGCAAUCUCCCUCAAUAUGGAGUCUCAUGUGCAGCAUAUACCCCACCGUCCCUUGCAAAACACUCAUCUUCAUCGGCCUCAUAACCUGCUGCCUCUCUGGCGCCAUGACCCCCAUCUUCUCCUUCCUUCUCUCCCGCCUCCUCUUUGAAGUGUCCAUUGGCGCACAGGACAUAUCAACCAUCAACAAAUUCGGCGGAAUCCUCGUUGGCAUCGCAGCGAUCGACGGUAUCCUCCUAGGCACCAAGUACUUCAAAAUGGAGAUCUGUGGUAUGUCGUGGGUCAUGCGUAUCCGGUCUAUGGCUCUGUACAAUGUCAUGGUGCAAGACAAGAAAUGGUUUGAUCGCCCAGAGAACGCAGUGAGUAGUGUUUGA